CGUAUUGUGUGUGAGGUAGCGAAGAGAAGGAGGGAACAACAUGGCGACCAACAAUAUUAAAGCUAUUCGCCCCGAUGGUGACCCUAGGGUCACGCAUAAGUUUCAGGUGGUCAAUGGGAAGAAUUAUCACUAUGUCUAUGGUAGGCCAACUGGAAUUGUCAAGGGAACUAUUCUUUGUAUCCACGGGUUCCCGGAUCUAUGGUAUGGCUAUCGUUUCAUGAUCCCUUUUCUUUUGGAGAAGGGUUUCUGCGUGAUCGUCCCCGACAUGCUGGGAUAUGGGCAAACAGAUGCACCUAGAGUCCCACCGGCAGACAUAUCAGCAUACUCCGUCAAAAACCAUGUAGCUGACAUGGUAGAGUUACUUAAGAUCCUAAAUGUUCCGAAAGUGAUCCUUUUCGGGCACGAUUGGGGUGGAAUGAUAACGUGGAGAAUAUACCUCUACAACAGCGAGAUAGUAUCUCAUAUCGCCAACGACCCACAGACAGAGAAGGAUACCGAAGCACCCGGCAAGAUUCGGCAGUUCCUUAAGGGGUUGCACAGAGGUCUUGGAGAUGAGCGGGGCAAUUUCAUGGUGGAUAAGGAUAUCGUCGAGAGUGUUGGAGAUCUCAAGAGGAGCAAGUUCAUGACCGAGGAGGAUUUGCACUACUUUACGAAGGAAUUCGAGAGGAAUGGGUUCCACGGGCCUCUGAACUGGUAUAAGGCUGGGAAGGUGAACUAUGAGGAUGAGAAAGAUCUUCAGUUUGAUGGGGUCAAGGUGCCGUACCUUUUCAUCGGAGCGAGACAUGACGUGGCUCUUCCGCCUUCUAUGGCCGAACCUCAGAAGCGGUUUAUCUCACAGCUUACCGUCCGGGUUGUGGAGACUGCCCACUGGGCUAUGGUGGAGGAUCCGGAGGCCGUUAUUGGACACAUGAGCGAGUGGUUGGAUACUGUUGUUCUUGGUGGCAAGAGCACGCUCUGAAGAUAUUGUGCUGUGAUAGGUGCUUGUACGGUUAUGAUUUGUGAAAUCUGAAACUUUUGUUUAUGUU